GGAAGGCCUGGUCUUGUGAGGCUGAAAUCGACAGUCACCUCUGGCGGGAGAGAGAGCCUGUCAGUUUCUGUCUCCGUCAGACCCUGAACCCACAGGAGAGGGGAUCUCCGUAGCAUUUUUAACUCUAUAUCUCAGGCAUCUGAAACCAGAAGUUGGUGGAAGGCCAAGCCAGCUGCGCGCAGCGAGCUCAGCGCCCAGACGGAGGCCGAGGCUGGCUUCGCGGCCACUCGCUCCUCACCGCCAGGGACUCCCAGGGGCUCCCCCACCCCGUCUCGCCCCGCCAGCCUGCCCACCACCUCCCGCUACCUCCCGCGGGCCCCCGAGGGUAUCACGUGGCGGCGUGGGACCCGCCUCCGGUGACGUCACCGCGCUCGCAGCCCUGGCGUUGAAGAAAGGAUGCUCUAGCUAGGAUGCUGUGCAGGUGGGUGGCCGGGCUGCGCCAUGCGGCACUGCAGGUGUAACUAGCAUGGUUUCACGCACAAGCGAUGAGCGGCUCUGGAAACCUAAUGGAUUUUCUCGAUGAGCCAUUCCCUGACGUGGGGACAUACGAGGACUUCCACACCAUUGACUGGCUGAGGGAAAAGUCACGGGACACUGACAGACACAGAAAGAUAACCAGCAAAAGCAAGGAGUCCGUGUGGGAGUUCAUCAAGGGUCUGCUGGAUGCCUGGUCAGGAUGGGUGGUCAUGCUGCUCAUCGGCCUGCUGGCGGGCACCUUGGCUGGGGUCAUCGAUCUCGCCGUCGACUGGAUGACCGACUUGAAGGAGGGGAUCUGCCUGUCUGCCUUCUGGUACAGCCACGAGCAAUGUUGCUGGACUUCCACAGAGACCACUUUUGAGGACAGGGACAAGUGUCCCCUGUGGCAGAAAUGGUCGGAGCUGCUGGUGAAUCAGUCAGAGGGUGCCAGUGCUUACAUUCUGAAUUACCUGCUGUACAUCCUGUGGGCCCUGCUGUUUGCGUUCUUGGCCGUCUCCCUGGUGCGCGUCUUUGCGCCCUACGCCUGUGGCUCUGGUAUACCGGAGAUCAAGACCAUUCUGAGCGGCUUUAUCAUCAGGGGCUACUUGGGCAAGUGGACCCUGCUGAUCAAGACCGUCACCCUGGUGCUGGUAGUGUCCUCGGGCCUGAGCCUUGGGAAGGAAGGGCCGCUGGUGCACGUGGCUUGUUGCUGUGGUAACUUCUUCAGCAGCCUCUUCUCCAAGUACAGCAAGAACGAGGGCAAGAGGCGUGAGGUACUUUCAGCGGCGGCUGCGGCCGGAGUCUCCGUUGCUUUUGGUGCUCCAAUUGGGGGUGUGCUUUUCAGUCUAGAAGAGGUCAGUUACUACUUUCCCCUGAAGACCUUGUGGAGGUCCUUUUUCGCGGCCCUGGUGGCGGCCUUCACGCUGCGAUCCAUCAACCCCUUUGGGAACAGCCGCCUCGUUCUCUUUUACGUGGAAUAUCACACACCCUGGUACAUGGCCGAGCUCUUCCCCUUCAUCCUGCUGGGGGUCUUUGGGGGCUUGUGGGGAACGCUCUUUAUCCGCUGCAACAUCGCCUGGUGCAGGAGGCGCAAAACCACCAAACUGGGGAAGUACCCGGUGCUGGAGGUCAUUGUGGUGACCGCCAUCACUGCCAUCAUCGCCUACCCCAACCCCUACACACGCAAGAGCACGAGCGAGCUCAUUUCUGAGCUGUUCAAUGACUGCGGGGCCCUUGAGUCCUCCCAGCUGUGUGACUACAUCAACGACCCCAACAUGACCCGGCCUGUGGAUGACAUUCCCGACCGGCCGGCCGGGCUUGGGGUAUACACGGCCAUGUGGCAGCUGGCCCUGGCGCUGAUCUUCAAAAUCGUCAUUACCAUAUUUACCUUUGGCAUGAAGAUCCCAUCGGGCCUCUUCAUCCCCAGCAUGGCUGUGGGAGCCAUGGCGGGCAGGAUGGUGGGCAUUGGCGUGGAGCAGCUGGCUUACCAUCACCACGACUGGAUCAUCUUCAGGAAUUGGUGCCGGCCCGGAGCGGACUGUGUCACCCCGGGACUUUACGCAAUGGUGGGAGCGGCAGCCUGCCUAGGUGGCGUUACCAGGAUGACUGUGUCAUUGGUGGUCAUCAUGUUUGAAUUAACAGGGGGUUUAGAGUACAUUGUACCCCUGAUGGCGGCAGCUGUGACCAGCAAGUGGGUGGCCGAUGCCUUUGGAAAAGAAGGCAUCUACGAGGCCCACAUCCACUUAAAUGGGUACCCAUUUCUGGAUGUGAAGGAUGAGUUCACUCACCGCACACUGGCCACCGACGUCAUGCGGCCUCGGCGGGGAGAGCCGCCGCUCUCUGUGCUUACGCAGGACAGCAUGACCGUGGAGGACGUGGAAACGCUCAUCAAAGAGACCGACUACAACGGCUUCCCCGUCGUGGUCUCCAGGGACUCUGAGCGCCUCAUUGGAUUUGCCCAGAGGAGGGAACUGAUUCUUGCAAUAAAGAACGCCAGACAGAGGCAGGAGGGCAUCGUGAGCAAUUCCAUCAUGUACUUCACAGAGGAGCCCCCCGAGCUGCCAGCCAACAGCCCCCAACCCCUGAAGCUGCGCCGUGUCCUGAACCUCAGCCCUUUCACAGUCACGGACCACACGCCCAUGGAGACGGUGGUGGACAUCUUCCGGAAACUGGGGCUCCGGCAGUGCCUGGUGACGCGCAGUGGGAGACUUCUUGGCAUCAUUACAAAAAAGGAUGUUCUGAGACAUAUGGCCCAGAUGGCAAACCAGGACCCUGAAUCCAUCAUGUUUAAUUAGAAACAAGAUGGCAAUUAUUAUGAGAAAAAUACAACAACUGUGUCAUUUUAAGAGAAGUAAACAAAUGAUGUGUUAUUAUUCUAAUGAAUGAUCCAAAAGCUGUGUUUGGAAGGAAGGGGAGAAAGAUGAAAACUUUUGUUAAAAAAAUAUACAUCAAUGAGUAGGUAUUUUAUAGCUUUAACCCCUUAUGAGUUUCAAAUUGUGUUUGUUAAUGACUUUACUAACUGCUAUGGGGGCAUGUGGGUGGGUGUAAAUGAUGUGGUUUGUCCAAGGACAUGGAACACAAAUGCUCAAUCAAGAAAUGUUUGCCCUUCUGUUCAAAGCUGAUGUCUGUGAAGCUUUGAGUCCAUAAGGAAAGGGUAUUGGUGUGUCAGUGUCCUUAUUUAUUGGCUCCUGAAGUUUUGCUGCUAUGUUACUGAAUCAGACUAAAGAUAUUUGCACUUACUUUGUUGGAAAAGAAAAAUUAAAUUUGAACAUAGUGAAAGCUGCAA